AUGCAGCCCCAGCGACGCCUGCGUGAGUCCCUCACGCCCCAGCAGCUGCGUGAGUGGUACGCUGGUUGGGGCUGUAGGGGUGGCGGCACUACUCCUACUACCACUCCUGCUGCUUCUACUCGUGGUGGCGGCCAGAUGCAGCUCCCGCGACCCUCUCGCGUGUCUCUCACGCCUCGCCAGCUUCGUGAGUGGUACGCUCAGAGUGGAGGGUCUCUCAGUGCUGUUCGCUGCUCUUACGUGAUUCGCACUGGUACUCGGACUGGUAUAGGACCUGCUGCUCUAGCUACUGGUGAGGCUGCUGCUCUGGGUGCUAGUGAGUCUCCUGCUCCAGGUACAGGUGCGGCUGCUGCUCUAGGUGCUAGUGAGUCUGCUUCCUCAGGUGCGGGUGAGGCUGCGCUCUCAGGUACCGCGUUGGCUUCGGCCUCCCUCACCUUUACACUUGACUCUGGGGCUUCUCGCUCCUUCUUUCGGGACCGCACCACACUCACGCCGCUUGGUCGGCCGGUUGCAGUCUCCCUGGCUGACCCCUCUGGGGGUCCUGUCCUCGCUCACUUUUCCACUGUCCUCCCGUGUCCGGCUGCCCCCUCGGGCACCCUGUCUGGCCUGUACCUCCCCUCGUUCUCGACGAACUUGGUGAGUGGUGCAGACCUACAGGAUGCGGGGGUUCACCAGUUCACUCCUGCGAGUCAGCGGGUGACCCACUGCACGGACGCCCGCACAGGCCGGCACCUGGCCACGUUCUCGCGUCGGCCGGGGUCGAGCCUCUACACCCUGACCACUGAGUCUCCUCCUGUCCCCGCGUUCGGUCAGGUAGCAGCGUCGGGUCAGGUGUUUGCUGCUGCGUCCAGGUCUGGUCCUGAGUCUGCCCCCUGUUCGUGUCGCCUCCUGUCUCACGAGACUCUCCUGUGGCACCACCGUCUAGGCCACCCCUCCUUGCCCCGUCUUCGGGGCAUGGCUUCCCGUGUCCUUGUCUCUGGUCUUCCCCAGUCUCUCCCUCCCCUUCCUUCGGGAACAGGACCUUCCUGUGUCCCCUGUGUCGAGGGGCGCCUCAGGGCUGCUCCUCACUCCUCCCAGUUUCCCCCGACAGAGGCUCCUCUACAGACGCUUCACAUGGACGUGUGGGGCCCGGCCCCCGUCCGUGGGCAGGGUCACGAGCGCUACUUCCUGUUGGUGGUUGACAACUACUCGCGUUACACCUCAGUCUUCCCCUUGCGCAGCAAGGGUGCUGUCACUGAGGUGCUGAUCGCCUGGAUCCGCGAGGCUCGUCUCCAGCUCAGGAGGAGCUUCGGCUCGGACUUUCCUGUUCUGCGUCUGCACUCUGACCGAGGUGGGGAGUUCUCCUCUCGCCUUCUGCGAGACUACUGUCAUGCACAGGGGAUCCGCCAGACCUUUACGCUUCCGGACUCUCCACAGCAAAAUGGGAUUGCUGAGCGCCGCAUUGGCAUGGUCAUGGAUGUCGCUCGUACGUCCAUGAUGCAUGCGGCUGCCCCCCAUUUUCUGUGGCCGUUUGCGGUUCGAUACGCGGCGCAUCAGCUCAACCUUCACCCCAGGGUCUCUCGGCCCGCGAUGUCCCCAGUGUUACUGUGGACGGGGAAGGUCGGCGAUGCGUCUGCGUUCCGUGUCUGGGGAUCUCGGGCGUUUGUCCGCGACUUGUCUGCGGACAAGCUGUCCCCCCGUGCUGCUCCCUGUGUCUUCCUUGGCUUCCCCCCUGACGCUCCAGGGUGGCAGUUCUACCACCCCUCCUCUCGUCGUGUUCUAUCCUCCCAGGACGUCACGUUCGACGAGUCAGUCCCCUUCUACCGCCUCUUCCCCUACCGUACUCCUUCCCUCCCCCCCCCACCGGACUUCCUGGUACCAGUUCCCCCCCCGCUAGACCCCCUCCUCCCUCAGGUUCCUGCCCCUUCAGGUGUGUCCCAGCCUGUGCCUGCUGGACCUGGGGGCUCUCCGGUUAUUCCGUCUCGGCGGGAGCCGCUCUCUCCACAGGAGCUGCGCGAGUGGUUUGCUCGCCGCUGGAGGCGUGCUGCUGGAGCUGGAGCUUCUUCGUCUGCUGAGGGUGCUGGUGCAGCCGGUCCCGGAGCUGCUGAGCCUGCGGGUCCUACUGGAGCUGGAGCUACUGAGCCUGGGGGUGCUGAGUCUGGAGCUGCUGAGCCUGGAGGUGCUGAGUCUGGAGCUGCUGAGCCUGGGGGUGCUACGUCUGGAGCUGCUGUGCCUGGGGGUGCUGCGUCUGGAGCUGCUGAGCCUGGGGUUUCUCCUGCUGCUGCGUCUCGCCGGGAGCCCCUCUCUCCACAGGAGCUGCGCGAGUGGUUUGCUCGCCGCUGGAGGCGUGCUGCUGGAGCUGGAGCUUCGUCCACCGUCGAGGGUGCUGGUGCUGCCGGUCCCGGAGCUGCUGGGCCUGCGGGUCCUACUGGAGCUGGAGCUGCUGAGGGUGUUGGUGCUGGGACUACUGCUGUCUGUCCUGGCGGUGGUUCUCCUGCUGGUGCUGCUGGAGGUCCUGCCGCUGGAGGUGUUGGUGGCGCUGGUGCUGUCGCUGAGGGUGCUGGUGCUGUCCCUGCUGAGUCUGGAGCUGCCGCGCGGCCUCGGCCGUACUUCGUUCCGCUCCUACAGCAGGUUCUUGGUCUUUCUCCUUCGGUAGAGUGUCCACAGCCUGUCCAGUCGCAGUCACUGUUGGAGCCUUCCUCUCCUCUGCCUACUCCCUCCCCUUACACUGGUCCUACUGGAGGUCUUGCUAAGCGUCGUGAGCCUGCGUCUCGUCCCACGGCGCCGGUUCGUGCUGCUCGCGCUAGUGGUCGCGGUUCGCGUCAGCGUCCUCUUCCUGUCCCUGGCACGCACCGGAUGUCUCUGCGUCCGUCCACUGCUCCUCUGCGUGCCCCUUUGCCUUCUCCUCCUGAGUCCUCUCUUCCUGCGCUUGCCGACCCUGAGUCGGACUCUCUUCGUGCUGCCAGUCCUACUGUCACGCGUCUGCUUGCUACUGUCGUCACUGACCCCUCUUUUGAGUCCACUGCUGCGUCUGCUCUUGUCGCUGAGCUCGUCGACUUUGCUGCUCGCUGCCGUCUAGACUACGCUGCUAGUCUUGUUGCUGAGUCUGCGUCUGUCUGUCCUCCGUCCGUCGGGGGUGAGUGUGCUCUUGGCACGGACGUCCUAGAGGACAGGCAGGAGGAGUUACAGUGUCUGGCUGCUGCUUCACCUCAUCUCGCGUCUGUACUGCUUGCUCCUGAGGGAGACCCGGAUGCACUAGACAUCCCGACUCCGCGCUCUUACGCGGAGGCCGUAGAGGGUCCCUACUCCUCUCGGUGGCAGGCAGCUAUGGAUGCAGAGAUGGCUUCCUGGAAGUCCACAGGCACCUACGUUGACGCAGUUCCCCCUCCUGGGGCGAACAUCGUCAGUGGCAUGUGGAUCUUCAGGAUGAAGCGGCCGCCGGGCUCUCCACCUGUCUUCAAGGCGCGGUACGUUGCUCGUGGCUUCAGUCAGCGGCAGGGAGUUGACUACUUUCAGACCUUCUCUCCCACCCCGAAGAUGACCACUCUUUGGGUGCUGCUGCACAUAGCCGCUCAGCGCGACUACGAGCUUCACUCUCUCGACUUCAGCACUGCGUUCUUGCAGGGUAGCCUGCACAAGGAGAUCUGGCUGCGCCGUCCGCCUGGCUUCACUGGGACUUUCCCUCCUGGCACCCAGUGGAGCCUCCGACGGCCAGUCUACGGUCUCCGCCAGGCACCGCGUGAGUGGCACGACACACUGAGGACUACGCUUGCGGCUCUUGGGUUUGCUCCCUCUACUGCUGACCCGUCGCUGUUUCUGCGCACCGACACUUCACUGCCGCCGUUCUACAUCCUCGUGUACGUCGACGACUUGGUCUUUGCCACAGCGGACACUGCUGGACUCGCCUACGUGAAGUCCGAGCUGCUGAAGAGACACACGUGCACAGACCUGGGUGAACUGCGCAGCUACCUUGGCUUGCAGAUCACUCGGGACAGAGCACGCCGCACCAUUACCUUGACUCAGUCACACAUGGUGCAGCAGGUCCUUCAGCGCUUCGGCUUCACGUACUCCUCGCCUCAGGCCACUCCUCUGCCUACUCGCCACUCACUCUCAGCUCUGCCUUCGGAUGAGUCCGUAGAGUCGAGUGGUCCGUAUGCAGAGCUUGUUGGCUGCCUCAUGUACCUGAUGACCUGCACACGACCUGACCUUGCAUACCCUCUGAGCAUUCUUGCACGCUAUGUUGCUCCUGGGAGACACCGACCAGAGCACAUGGCAGCAGCGAAGAGGGUAUUGCGCUACCUGUGCAGUACGUCGGGCAUGGGGCUAGUGCUUGGAGGGCGGAGUCCAGUGGUCCUUACAGGCCACGCGGACGCUUCUUGGGCUGACGACCAGGCUACGCAGCGGUCGUCACAGGGUUACACCUUCAGCCUUGGUUCCGGCUCUGUCUCGUGGCGGUCUACUCGCUCGUCUUCAGUUCUCCGCUCCAGUUGUGAGGCUGAGAUCUACGCCGGGGCCAUGGCUGCACAGGAGCUUCGCUGGCUCACCUACCUGCUGACUGACCUUGGAGAGCCGCCUCGUUCUCCUCCAGUGCUAUACGUAGACAACAAGGCCAUGCUGGCCUUGUGUCGAGAGCAGUGCUUGGAGCACAGAACGAAGCACAUUGCUCUCCGCUACUUCCUUGCUCAUGAGCUGCAGCAGCGUGGUCAGUUGCGACUUGCGUACGUGGCCUCUGAGGCCAACACUGCUGAUGUGUUCACCAAGGCACUCGCGCCUUGUGACCAUCAGCGCUUUUGCACCCAGCUGGGUCUUGUGCCUGUCUUGCCUCACUUGCUCUCCUCUUGA